AUGAAGCCAUCGAUCGUUCUAUUCAGCGCGCUGGUUCUCCUCCUGGCUGAGGGUCUUAGUGGACAAGGGCAGGUAUACUGCGGACGUCGAUUGGCAGACACCCUGGCCUAUAUGUGUGAUAAUCCACUUAUAAAUGGAGCAGCUGGGAACAGUCUGCUCAUCAAACGAUCAGACAGAUACCAAAACGCCAUCACACCCGAGGAUUUCAAAUGGCCCUGGAUCCAGCGCCACCAUGCCAAGAGUAUCAGGAACAAACGACAAGUGGUCUCCGAAUGUUGCGACAAGCCUUGCUCGCUGAACGAACUGCUGUCCUACUGUUGA